GCAGAUGAAGUUGUGGCGCAGUUGAAGCAGCUGCUGUUUUCUUCAUCCACGUGCUGCAACACCUGCAGGAUGAAAGCAGAAGAUUUUAGGAAUCUGAUGUUGCUCUCCAGUUAAUCUCCAGUUGAACUUCUCCUGCUGCUUCAGCAUCAGUGUCAGGAUGGCAGCGGCGGCUGAACCAGGAGGACAUCCUCGGAAACGUAGAAGCAGUCUCGAGCUCUUGCCUCCUAACAUUUCCAGCAGCUCAGCCGAUUCAAACGUGGAAUUCUUUGACACGAAUCGAAAGGAGGUCAAACCUGGAGACCUGAUCCAGAUCUUCCGUGAUGGUGAUAACCACUGGGCUGUUUAUGUUGGUGGUGGAAACGUUGUUCACCUCAUAGAAGACGGGAGAGGAUCAAGCUCCAGCAGCUCCAUCGGCUCCAGGAGCUCCAUGAGCUUGAUGGGCUCCAUUGAUGUUGGUGUUAGUGUUGGCAAAGUGUUGAAAGAGAAGCUGCAAGACGUGGUGAAGAAGGACAGGUGGAGAGUCAACAAUCGCCUGGGUCAUAAAUACAAACCUCGUCCAGCUAAUGUUAUUGUGAAGAAGGCCUGUUCACUGGUGGAUACAAAGAAGAAGUUCAACCUGGAGAAGUACAACUCUAAAGACUUCGCCACUGAGAUGCGCUACGGCAAGACUAAGAGUCAGCAGAGGAAGUUCGCAGCAGGAAUAAAACCAGGAGCAGCAGAAGUAGAGGCAGCUAGAGCUGCAGCUAGAGCAGAAGAAGAGGAACAGAAGAAGAGGGAAAGGACCUCGAAAAGGAGCUCGAAACUUUCCAGCAGCUCAGCCGAUUCAAACAGGGAAUUCUUUGACAUGGAUCAAAAGGAGGUCAAACCUGGAGACCUGAUCCAGAUCUAUCAUGGUUAUCAGCACUGGGGUGUUUAUGUUGGUGGUGGAAACGUUGUUCACUUCGUAACACCCGGGAGAGGAUCAAGAUCCAGCAGAUCCAGCAGCUUCAUGAGCUUCAUGAGCUCCGUUGGUGUUGGUGUUGAUGGCAAAGUGUUGAAAGAGAAGCUGCAGGACGUGGUGAAGAAGGACAAGUGGAGAGUCAACAAUCUCCUGGAUCAUAAAUACAAACCUCGUCCAGCUAAUAUUAUCGUGAAGGAGGCCUGUUCACUGAAGGAUACAAAGAUGAAGUACCACCUGUUCAUGUACAAUUCUGAACACUUCGUCACUGAGAUGCGCUACGACCACCCUGAGAGUCGGCAGGUGAAGGACGCAGCUAUAGGAGUAGCAGUAGGAGUAGGAGUAGCAGCAGCAGUAGCAGGAGCAGCAGGAGCAGUAGGAGCAGCAAUAACAGGAGUAGGAGUAGGAGUAGCUGCAGCAGCUGUGUGGAUUGCAGGUCUGGGAUUGAAGAAGAGGAGAAUGCGCUUGAAACAAUGAUUGAUGUGCUAAAUGAAUCUGCACUAGGGAGAUAAAGUCUCCUCUCUUGUUUUUUCCUGCAUCUAUGUUUUGAGACCAGCACCUGUUGAGAUGUUGGAUGUGCGCGACCUAUGUUGGGCGUCGCCCAUAUGCCCAUGUGAACUCUGGACUUAUAAAUGUAUAUGAACAUUUUGUGAUUA